GUGAAUGAUCAGCGAUGUUUUGUCCAUUUUGUGGCAAUCAUUUUAGCCAAUUAGUCCGCUUUUGUUUUUCUUGCGGUAAAUCGUUAGAAUUUUUAGAAGAGCAGUCAAAAGAAGACGUAAUAAAUUUGUGUAUAGGGUAUUUCAAUAAAGGCCACUCCUACGAUGUUAUCGUUGACAUGAUGUCCUCCUUACAUGGUGUUAACAUUAGUUUGCGAUCUCUUAAAACUAAACUUAAACAGGCUGGACUGUACCGUAGAAAGGGCUAUUCUUCUACACACGCUGUCAGGAAUGCUAUAGGGUUGGAGCUUCGUGGACCUGGACAGCUCUUUGGCUAUCGAACAAUGUGGCAAGUACUCACGCAAAAGUACAAUCUACGAGUAAAGAGGGAUGAUGUUAUGGUGUUACUACAGGAGCUUAAUCCUCGAGGAUGUGAGAUGAGAGCACGCAGAAGGUUUAUUAGAAGAACCUACCACUCAAUGGGGCCGAAUUACAUGUGGCACGCUGACGGUUACGACAAACUCAAGCCAUUCGGUUUGGCCCUUUCGGGAUGUAUAGACGGAUUUUCGCGGAAAGUACUGUGGCUUGUAUGUGGACCAACAAAUAACAACCCCUCAGUUAUUGCUCACAAUUUCAUCACUUGUGUGCGAAACCUUGGUGCUGUCCCCAUGAGAUUGAGGACCGAUUGCGGUACGGAGAACGGCAUUAUGGCUGCAGUUCAGUGUACCCUACGGCACCAGCACACUGAUUACUACUCGGGAGCGUCUAGCCAUAUGUAUGGUUCAUCCACCAAUAAUCAACGCAUCGAGUCAUGGUGGUCCAUAUUCAGAAAGGGAAGGUCUCAGUUCUGGAUGGAGUUAUUUGCAGACCUCCGAGAUGCAGGAUACUUCAAUGGAAGUCAUGAACACCAAUGCUUGCUGAGAUUUUGCUUCAGUGAUGUCAUACAGAAGGACCUGGAUGAAUGUGUGACACUGUGGAACAGUCACAGGAUUCGCACUUCUAGAACCGCAUCAUGUCCUGGAGGAGUGCCCAAUGAACUGUACUAUUUACCACACAGGUUUGGCUCCAGAGACUGUGGAUUUAGAAUUGAAGAAACAGAACUGGAUGUUUUCCCUGAAUCAAGACAGUCAGUCAAUUCAUGUGGUGACCAAAACAUCCAGGAGUACUUGGAUCUUGUUGUGGAGUGCAGUCAACUACAGAAGCCAAUUAACUGGGAGUCCGCAUCAGAACUAUACUUAUGGCUAAAAGAAAUUGCUCAGCUAUGAUUGUUUUAAUUACAUAAAUUAACUGAGUUAAUUUUUAAAUUAACUUUUGCUGUCCAUGACAUCUGACCUCAAUUAUCACAGUAAGAAAAUGUUGAAAAAGUUUGAAAUAAAUUGAGUAACAGCAAUGCAUAGUACAAAAUAUUUAUUAAACUCUCA